AAAAAACCCUACACUAUAAACCUCUGAGAUUCGGGAAAGCGCUCGUUCUUGCAGCUUCUCCUUCGCUCUUUCCUCCUCACGUUGGACUUCCCAGUUUACAGAUUCAGGCUUCAAAUUCGUCACUCAAGAUAAAUCAAUGGGGGACUCUACUCAGAUGGAAGUUCAACCUGUAUCUGAACCGGGGUCAUUGCCGCCUAAGCCAGUCUUUGAGCCUUUAAAGGCUCAUGAGAUAUCCGAUGGUCGGGUUCAAUUCAGAAAGAUACCUGUCCCACCUCACCGGUACGCUCCCAUCAAGAAAGCAUGGUUAGAUAUCUUCACACCUGUCCAUGAGCAGAUGAAGAUAGACAUACGAAUGAAUCUCAAAUCCCGCAAAGUUGAGCUCAAAACCCGUGCAGACACACCCGACAUAAGUAAUCUCCAAAAAUCCGCUGAUUUUGUCCAUGCCUUCAUGAUGGGUUUUGAUGUUGUGGACGCUGUUGCACUUUUACGUCUGGACGAGCUCUAUGUGGAGUCUUUUGAGAUCAAGGAUGUGAAGACACUGAGAGGCGAGCAUUUGUCUCGGGCCAUUGGUAGAUUGUCUGGAAAAGGCGGGAAGACGAAGUUUGCCAUCGAGAAUGCUACAAAGACAAGGAUUGUGAUUGCAGACACCAAGAUUCACAUCUUGGGAGCUUUCUCCAACAUUAAGGUUGCAAGAGAUUCUCUUUGUAGUCUCAUUUUGGGAUCUCCUGCCGGGAAGGUUUACUCCAAGCUUCGAGCUGUGACUGCUAGAUUAGCAGAAAGGUUUUGAAUCAGACAAGUUUUUUCGGGAAUCUAUAAUUUUGUUCUUCUAUUGAGGGUUGCACUCAGAUUGCUGAUUGGUUCCGAGUUUGGAUGUUUGUAUGAAAUGUUGCAGAAGUUACAAGAUCUUUGAUUAUAUAGAAUCUCCCCUGUACGAGUUAUUGGAAAACCACUUACCAUUAGAUAUGGAAACUCAAAGAUGUUUUCGUUGUGCAUU